UUGAGGAAGAUUGUUGAGAUGAUUCUGGCUUUAGCACUAGAGGGAAAAAUCUCAAAAAUGGAAAUCUUGAGUGCUUAUUUGUGUAAGAGCCUAUGACAAACCAGAUAUAUUGGGGACAUGGCAUUUAUGGUAUUCAAUCUGCAUCAAAAUUUUAUUUUGGGAAGCAUAUAUCUCUUCUUAGCUUGGGGGAAUGUGCUAUGCUUGCAGCAAUGAUACCAGCGCCAGAACUCCGGUCACCGUUCAGGGAUUGUAGCAGAGGAAAGACCUUCCAAGCUAGAGUGCUGAAAAGGAUGGUGGAAUUUGGAUUUCUUGAUGUCGAGAUGGCAGGCAUUGCUGUAAAACAACCUCUCAUAUUGAAUUCUGGAUGCCCAGAUCAUUCAGAUGGGUUGUUGGUUAUAUCGACUUCCUCUCGAGAGCAUUCAGGUAUGAACACAAAGUGCGACAGAGGUUUAUUCUCAACCAUCAAGAGAAUAUGGGAUUGGGAAACAGAAAGCAAGAUAUGGGAAGUGAAAGAGGACAUGGAGAGAUGGGCAACUGGUGUAAAACGAUUGGGAAGCAUCAAUGGUUCCAAGUCCAAAUCAAAAGAAACUUCUUUUCAUGAUCAGACAUCUCAAACCAAUCUAUUGAACAAGGAUAGCUCUCAGUGGAGUCAGGAGCCAACCAAGCUUUUGAAUCUCUGAAGGCUGUUGUAACCGCAGUGCCAGCAGUGUUGACCCUCCCUGUUUUCUCUCAAGAGUUCGUUUAGAGACCGAGAGAUGCUUCUGGAAAAUAGAAAGGAAAUUGUUGCUGCCUUGAUCCAGAAAGGAGAUGUCAUUGCCUAGUUCAGCAGAAGGAAGCCUUAUUAGUGUGUUAGAAAGGGCUACUACCUAUCGUUGCAGAUGCGCAAAGCUGGAGAAUAGGAAGACACUCUAUCAUGAAGACUAAACACAACCGCCUAAAAUAUCUCCUUGAUAUAUAGUCAAUUCAAACAUCAACGCGGACUAUGCAACAAUGGCCAUUAAGACUGACUUUCACUUCACAGUUGACUGUAAAAUAUCAUUCUUUCAUCAUUUGAUGCUUCUUUUCAGCUGACAUAAAUGUAGUUGAGGUUUCUUAGAUUUGCCAUUGGGAUUUGUAGCACCAAGCAUUUGAUGAAGGAAAGACAUGUUAUUUUUAGGUUGAUCACUAGGCACAAGCAUUUAGCAAUCAAGAAUUUGUCGUAUGCCUGUAUCUACCUAUUCAAGGUUGAAGGUCUAACAUUAGAUGUGCAAUAACAAGUCGCCCUUAUCAA